UUUCUUUCUAGUUUCUCUUGAAAAAGGAUAGAAAAUACCAAGAACAAUUAAGUAUAUUCCCCCUCCCACCCCAAUUCUCAUGUAUGCAUUCCAAAAGUAAGUAAUCUGCAAGAUAGGUAAAUUAAAAUAAAUUCUUAAGUCUUUCCCCCAUUAAAAAUGGAAAAGAGGUAAGGUGAUAUCAUAUAGUAUGUUCUUCUAUGGUCAGAGUCCAUCCACUAAUUGUCCUCCUAUCUCAGUGCAUCUCUGUGCAAUUCACUGCAAUAUUCCUAUGACUUUUAUUUUUAUUUAUUUUUAAAAAUAUGUAUUUAUUUAUUGGCUGUGUUGGGUCUUUGUUGCUGCAUGCAAGCUUUCCCUAGUUGCGGGGAGCAGGGGCUACUCUUCCUAGUGGUGCGCGGGCUUCUCAUUGUGAUGGCUUCUCUUGUUUCGGAGCACGGGCUCUAGGCCCGUGGGCUUCAGUAGUUGUGGCACUCAGGCUUGGUAGUUGUGGCGCAUGGGCUUAAUUGCUCUGUGGCGUGUGGGAUCUUCCCGGUCUAGGGCUCGAACCCCUGUCCCCUGCAUUGGCAGGCAGAUUCUUAACCACUGCAACACCAGGGAAGUCCUCCUAUGACUUUUAGAGACAUUUCAAAUUCCUAAUCAAUCUUAGGUAUGUGAAAGUGUAUACCGUAGUGCUAUUAUUGUUUUACAAAAACAUAGAUAAGGAUCUUUUAAAAUUUUAUUUUAAUUCUGUUUGAAACAUUGGCCCUUCAUGUGUUGAAGGGAAGACUGUUUAGAAAUUGUCAGGGGAAGGGUCUUGUUCCCCACCCCUGACCGUGUGACACUUCUCUUUCUCCCCUUAUUUCUCAUCUGCUCUUCCUCCUCCUUAUUUCCCUCUUUCCUUUUCUUCUCCUUUCCUUCUCUUGCUUUUUCACAUUCUCCUUGCUCAUGCUACAGGCUGUUAUCUGCACGCAACCCUGUCAAUUAACUUCACUAGAACCAAUGAAUAAGUCCAGAGUCUUACUGACUUGCUUCCACUUGAAGGCAUUGCCAGAAAUACACAUGACAUUUACUUCCCGAUAUUCUUGGAAAAGCCCAUAAAAUACAGGACAGGGAAAUGCAGAAUAACGCACCUGGGCAUUUCCAUGAAAUGUCAGCACCUGCUGUACCAUACCUCAGAGUAAUUCAGAAAUUCUCACUGUUACAUAUUUCUUGAUGACCUGAGAAUGAAAUGAAUGGCGGUCCCAGAAAGUUCUAUGCUAAGACCAAGUUUCAAGGUUCAAGCAAUUACUAACAUAAUCAGACCUGCUCUAAUCAUCUUCUUUCUAAGCAUCCAGAAAUGUAGAAUUUACCUUGGCAGGGACUCAGAAAGGAUUUUUGGUGACACAUAGGAAAGGGGUUGGUGGAGGCACCCCAUGCUGCAGGAGAACUGAUCAUGCAGUCAAUGCCAUAUGGAUCUGAUUUAUUUCUGAAUUGAGCUGGCAGAAGUAACAUGUGUCAGAUGUACGGGGCGCGGAUCUGCAGGCUUUGGCAAAGAAGAGAAAAUCCCAAGUGUUGGAUAUUAACAUAGGGGUUCUGCUUCUGCUUAAAAGCAACAGCGCUAGUUGGAUUUCACUUCGGUUUCUUCAUCUGUAAAAUGGGGAUAAUAAUAAUAAUGGGGUCUACUUAAUAAGAUUUUCGCAAGGAGGAAAUGAAAUAAUGUCUGUAAAGUGCUCAGUAUAGUGCUUGGCAUUUAAUGGAAAUCAAUGGUAACUAUUGUUCUAUUGGGUUCUAUAUAUUUCUUUAAAAACAAAGUGUCAGGAAGCGUGAUUCAAGAAUUCCCUACAAAAAGUGAAAGUGAAAGCAGUUUCCCAAAUAAAACACAGAAGGUCACCAGCCCGUGCUGCUUUCCUUCCCUAAUCCCUGAGGAAAGUCUGCCUCUGCAAACAUGUAUGUGUAUAUUGCACGUGUGUAUGUGUCUAUGUCUCUCCUCCCAUGCUGUACCCCCGACUCCAGACAAAGAAGUCACCAGGUUUCACGAUGCUGCGAGUACCUAGGACCAAACUGCACAGGCUGGGCCUCAGGCCCUCCAAAGGGCUUCACCACAAGGCGGUGAUGGCGUUGAGGCGGGAGGAUGUGAACGCCUGGGAGAGGAGGGCUCCCCUGGCCCCCCGGCACAUCAAAGGGAUCACCAAUCUGGGGUACAAGGUCUUAAUACAGCCUUCCAAUCGGCGGGCCAUUCACGAUAAGGAAUAUGUCAAAGCUGGUGGCAUUCUUCAGGAGGAUAUUUCUGAAGCUUGUUUAAUUUUGGGAGUUAAAAGACCCCCAGAGGAAAAAUUAAUGCCCAGGAAGACCUAUGCAUUCUUCUCCCACACAAUAAAGGCUCAGGAGGCCAAUAUGAGUUUGUUGGAUGAGAUUCUAAAACAGGAAGUCCGACUUAUUGAUUAUGAGAAAAUGGUGGAUCAUAGAGGAAUACGGGUAGUGGCGUUUGGACAGUGGGCAGGUGUGGCAGGGAUGAUCAACAUUUUACAUGGAAUGGGUUUAAGGCUCCUUGCUUUGGGACAUCACACACCUUUUAUGCACAUUGGCAUGGCUCAUAACUACAGGAACAGCAGUCAGGCGGUGCAAGCUGUCCGCGACGCUGGCUAUGAAAUAUCUCUGGGUUUGAUGCCGAAGUCGAUAGGGCCCUUAACGUUUGUGUUCACAGGGACUGGUAAUGUAUCUAAGGGAGCCCAAGAAAUCUUCAAUGAAUUACCUUGUGAAUAUGUGGAGCCGCAUGAAUUAAAAGAAGUUUCCCAAAAUGGAGACCUGAGAAAAGUGUACGGGACAGUGUUAAGUCGCCAUCAUCAUCUUGUCAGGAAAACAGAUGGUGUAUAUGAUCCUGUAGAGUACGACAAAUAUCCUGAGCGCUACAUAAGCCGUUUUAAUGCCUAUAUUGCACCCUACACAACUUGUUUGAUUAAUGGAAUCUACUGGGAACAAAACACCCCCCGCCUACUAACCCGCCAAGAUGCUCAGAGUCUCCUGGCUCCAGACAAGUCCUCAGCUGCUGGUGUUGAAGGCUGCCCUGCAUUGCCACACAAACUUGUGGCCAUAUGUGACAUUUCAGCCGACACAGGAGGAUCUAUUGAGUUUAUGACUGAGUGUACGACCAUAGAGCGGCCCUUUUGCAUGUAUGACGCAGAUCAGCACAUUAUUCAUGACAGUGUUGAAGGCUCUGGGAUUCUGAUGUGCUCCAUUGACAAUCUGCCAGCACAGCUUCCAAUCGAAUCUACAGAAUACUUUGGAGACAUGCUUUACCCUUAUGUUGAAGAAAUGAUAUUAUCAGAUGCGACACAGCCUCUUGAAAGCCAGAAUUUUUCUCCUGUGGUGCGAGACGCAGUGAUUACAUCCAACGGCACAUUGUCUAAUAAGUACAAAUAUAUCCAGAAACUCCGAGAGAGCAGGGAACGUGCUCAGUCACUUUCAAUGGGCACCAAGAAAAAGGUCUUGAUUCUUGGAUCUGGUUACGUAUCUGAGCCUGUAUUGGAAUACCUGUCGAGAGAUGACAAUAUAGAAAUAACAGUAGGUUCUGACAUGAAGAAUCAAAUUGAACAGUUAGGCAAGAAAUAUAAUAUUAAUCCUGUCAGCCUGUACGUUGAUAAACAAGAAGUGAAGUUGAGCUCCUUGGUGGCAACACAGGAUCUUGUCAUCAGCUUGUUGCCUUAUGUAUUGCAUCCUCUUGUGGCCAAGGCAUGCAUCGCAAGCAAGGUUAACAUGAUCACUGCAAGCUACAUCACCCCGGAGCUAAAAGAAUUAGAAAAGAGUUUCUUUCCUUCUCUUUCCACCUCUUUCAGUGUGGAAGACGCUGGCAUCACAGUCAUUGGCGAAUUGGGAUUGGACCCUGGUCUUGACCAUAUGUUGGCAAUGGAAACAAUAGAUAAGGCCAAAGAAGUGGGAGCCACGAUUGAAUCUUACGUUUCCUACUGCGGUGGCCUUCCAGCCCCUGAACAUUCAGACAACCCUCUGAGAUACAAGUUUAGCUGGAGUCCAGUGGGAGUUUUGAUGAACAUCAUGCAGCCCGCCACCUACCUGCUCAAUGGAAAGGUUGUGGAUGUUGUAGGAGGUGUCUCCUUUCUGGAUUCAGUGACUCCCAUGGAUUAUUUCCCUGGAUUAAAUUUGGAAGGUUAUCCUAACAGAGACAGUACAAAAUAUGCAGAGAUUUAUGGCAUUCCAUCUGCUCAUACUUUAUUACGGGGGACACUGAGGUACAAGGGAUAUGCCAAAGCCUUGAAUGGAUUUGUAAAAUUGGGUCUUAUAAACAGAGAUGCAUUUCCAGCCCUUCGACCUGAUGCCAAUCCGCUCACCUGGAAAGAACUCCUCUGUGAUCUAGUUCGGAUCUCACCCUCUUCCAAGUGUGAUGUGCUCAAGGAAGCGGUCGUUAAGAAACUAGGAGGAGACAAUACCCAGCUGGAGGCUGUUGAAUGGUUGGGCUUACUUGGGGAUGAACGCGUCCCUCAGGCAGAGUCUCUCGUGGAUGCACUCUCCAAGCAUUUGGCCAUGAAGCUUUCCUAUGGCCCUGGAGAGAAAGAUAUGAUUGUGAUGAGAGACAACUUUGGAAUCAGACAUCCUUCUGGACAUUUAGAAAAUAAAACUAUUGAUCUUGUAGUUUAUGGGGAUGUCAAUGGUUUUUCUGCCAUGGCUAAAACUGUGGGGUUACCCACUGCUAUGGCGGCCAAGAUGUUACUUGAUGGUGAAAUUCAAGCUAAAGGCCUGAUGGGGCCCUUUUCAAAGGAAGUCUAUGGACCCAUAUUGGAGCGAAUUAAAGCAGAAGGCAUUAUGUAUACUACACAGAGCACAAUCAAACCAUAGUUGAGAAUCAUAGUUUGUUUUUAUUUUCCCAGCCAACACAGCUCUGAACUUUUGUGCAAGAAACAUGUUUGCUGAUGUGAUACUUUAAAAUAUAAAGCAUGAUAAUGUUUUGAUUAAGUCAAUACAAUCGUGUUUUUGAAAUAUAAAUCUCUAUUUUAAUAUGAAACAUUUGGAACAAGAGAUGCCGGUAAUUACCAGAGAACUUUAAUAAUUCUAUCAUGUAUUUUUUUCAUGUGUAAAUGAAAGUGAUAAUGAUUGUACUACUUGUUAAUUUAUUAUACAAUUUUUUCCUUACAAGAAUAUAUUUUCUGAUAAUUAGCAGAUGAAGUUUUAUCUUUCUAGUAAGAAAAAAAUUUCUUCAUGCAACUUU